AUGUAUGACCCCCAGAAUGUGAGACCGUUCAGGGAGUGUGUUAAACCUUCUCUACUCAACACAAUAUCGUCAAGGUUCUACUGGGACCUGCUGAUGCUGCUGCUGAUGAUGGGGAACCUGAUCAUCCUGCCUGUGGGCAUCACCUUCUUCAAGGACGAGAACACACCCCCCUACAUCUUCAACGUGGUGUCGGACACGCUCUUCCUGGUUGACCUGGUGCUCAACUUCAGGACCGGCAUCGUCAAGGAGGACAGCACAGAGAUACUGCUGGAUCCACGGGCCAUCCGCCAGCGCUACUUGAAGAGCUGGUUCCUGGUGGACUUUGUGUCCUCCAUCCCGGUGGACUACAUCUUCCUGAUGGUGGACCUGGAGGCCCGGCUGGACUCGGAGGUGUACCGGACGGCCCGGGCGCUGCGCAUCGUCCGCUUCACCAAGAUCCUCAGCCUGCUGCGGCUGCUGCGCCUCUCCCGGCUCAUCCGCUACAUCCACCAGUGGGAGGAGAUCUUCCACAUGACCUAUGACCUGGCCAGUGCCAUGGUGAGGAUUGUCAACCUGAUAGGGAUGAUGCUGCUUCUGUGCCACUGGGACGGCUGUCUCCAGUUCCUGGUGCCUAUGCUGCAGGACUUCCCCUCUGACUGCUGGGUGUCCAAGAACAACAUGGUGAACGACACCUGGGGUGUGCAGUACUCCUACGCGCUGUUCAAGGCAAUGAGCCACAUGCUGUGCAUCGGCUACGGCGCCCAGGCUCCCGAGGGCAUGACGGACGUGUGGCUGACCAUGCUCAGCAUGAUAGUGGGCGCCACCUGCUACGCCAUGUUCAUCGGACACGCCACCGCCCUCAUCCAGUCGCUGGACUCGUCCCGGCGCCAGUACCAGGAGAAGUACAAGCAGGUGGAGCAGUACAUGUCCUUCCACAAGCUGCCUGCGGACGUGAGGCAGAAGAUCCACGAGUACUAUGAGCAUCGCUUCCAGGGCAAGAUGUUUGACGAGGAGAACAUCCUGGGAGAGCUGAGCGACCCGCUCAAAGAAGAGAUCGUCAGCUUCAACUGCCGCAGCCUGGUGGCCAACAUGCCGCUGUUUGCCAACGCCGACCCCAACUUCGUGACGGCGGUGCUCAUCAAGCUCCGCUUUGAGGUGUUCCAGCCGGCGGACUUCAUCAUCCGCGAGGGCACGGUGGGCCGCAAGAUGUACUUCAUCCAGCACGGCCGCGUCGGCGUGCUCGCCCGCGGCAACCGGGAGACCAAGCUGAGCGACGGCUCCUACUUUGGAGAGAUCUGUCUGCUGACACGGGGUCGGAGGACGGCCAGCGUCCGGGCGGACACCUACUGCCGGCUGUACUCGCUGAGCGUGGACAGCUUCAACGAGGUGCUUGAGGAGCACCCCAUGAUGCGGCGCGCCUUCGAGACCGUGGCGGUGGACCGACUGGACCGCAUCGGCAGGAAGAACUCUCUCCUCCUGCGGAAGUCGUCCCAGGGCGGUUCGCUGGCAGGGGGCAGUAUAGGCCGGGGCGGGGGUCGUGGUGGAGGGGGCCCCGGGGCCGGAGCAGGCCUGGCCAUGGGGGGCCUGGGAUCCUGCGACAGCAUGCUGGUGCAGCAGAUCGUCAAACACGACAGCAUGCCCGCCAUGCAGGAGGCCAUCGCUGCGGCCGCCGCGGGACGGGGCGGGGCCCUGGGGGGAAGUGGCAGCGUGUCCCCCAGGCCCCGGCCCGUGAUCUGGGCCCCGCUGGUACACGCUCCCCUGCAAACCGCAGCCGCCACCACCAACGUAGCCAUCGCCCUCAUGCACCAGCAGCAGCAGCAGCAGCAGCUACUGCAGCAGCAGCAUGCGCUAGGUGGGGCAAUAUUCCUGCCUUCCCCUCUAAUCUCUCCUUCCCCCUCCUCUUCGUUCCCCAUGUCUCCACCCCGCGGCCCCGGGCUGCAUCCCCUCCGGCCCUCUGUCAGCUCCCUCAUCGGGAUGAUAGGGGUGGGCGGGUUGGGAGGCCUGUCCCAAAGAGGGGGGUUCCCUGCCUCCCCCUCACAGAUGGGCACUCCCCUCUGUGGGGGGCUGACAUCCCCGCCGGUGGCUCAAGCCCCCAGCGCCGCUUGUCCAAUGAUGCCAACGGCUCACCUGGGAAGGACGCAUCAUUACAGCCUCCGCCUCCAGUCUGACAAUCCCUCGAUGACUGGUGGACCUCCUGGAACGCCCACGAGCGGAGGGGCCACCACUCCUCCACUGUUCAAAGUAGCAACAAACAACCCUCCCGCCGUGCCGUGUGCCCCUCCCGACAGCAGCGGCUACGCCAUUAGCCAGCAGGGCGCGAAGGAAGCACUGCUACGUCACGGAGGAGCCGGCUCUCAGGGCCCGCCCGCCCUGGGUCGGCUCACCAAGGAGGCCAGGCUACUGUCGGCCUCACAGCCCACUCUGCCUCACCGCUCCUGGGUCGGGGUUCAUCCUCAUCCCCCUCUGCACCGGAAGGCUUCUGGGGGCAACCUGCUGCCGCCCCCUUUCUUGGUGGGCGGACUGGCCAGAGGUGGCAGCGCAGGCAUUCUGAGCUUUAAUUCAAAUGCUUCACAACUGCCAUUGGCUAUGCCUCCCUUUGGUGGUCCCCUGGCCCAGAGCAUAGCCCUUAUUCUGCCCCCAGUAUGUAUCACUGCACCUGUCCACCCCUACGCUGACCCUCACUGCGCCCCCAUGCCUGCACAGCCCGCCACCAUCAUGGGCACAGCCAUGCCCACCGCGGCAGUUCCCUUACCUUGCUCUCCUAAGCCAACUCCCCUCUCCCCGGCCAGCCCCGCCCCCACCCCCUCCACCCCCCCCGCGGUGCCCUCGCCGAUCCCUCGGCCAAAGCCUGGUCCUCCUGUUCCUUCUCGCGCCUCCUCUCCCGUUUGCAGCUCCACGCCUCAUCCGUCCUCGAGCCCAAUGCCUUGCCCCAAGCCCAUCCCUCCACCCUCCCCGCGCUCUCCCUCUCCCUCUCCCUGCUCCACCCCUCCUCCUCCGCUGCCCUCCGUCCCCACCCCCGUCCCCGCGCCUCCAAUCUAUGGGCCGAGGUCACCGCUCACCACCUCCUCUCCCCCCUCCUCCCCCCCCCCAGCCUGUCCCCAGAGUCCCAGAGCCAAAGCCUCCCACACGCCUCCCUCCCCGUCUCCCCUGUCCAGCCUUAGUCCCGCUCAGACUCCCAUCGCCUCUCCCACCCCCCCUCCCACCCCGCCCCGUCCACACACCCCUACGUCAAUCUCCCACCUCUCCCCCCAUCCAUCUCUCUGCCCCCGCUUCACCCAGAGCUUCGACCCCCAGCUCAGCCCUUGCCCCUUCCCAGAUGCCAAGACAGUCCCCGACCCAGAUGCCCUCAAUGAGCCCAGUUCCAGCCCCCAACCCUUCGGCUACAGCUACUAG